AUGGCUAAAAUCAAUGAUAGUUUCUUACUAUGCCGUAAUAAUGCAGCGGAAGAUUUUGUCGUUGGCAUUGCUCAACAUUCAUCUCCCAAUAGGAUUAUUGUCACCUAUGCUAAAAAGGGAAUCUAUGUCUAUGAUUAUGAAGAAAAAAGUGCCUACAAAAGUUGGUCCGUAGAGCAAAGAUACCAUGCAACAAAUUAUGCUAUCCAAGUAGAAAGUACCAACGAUUAUUACUGUGUCUUCAAUGAAAAGGAUAUUUUCCAGUGGAGCGACCAUUGCCCAACAUUCGGUGAAUUUUCUCACAUUUCUGUUGAAAAGCCAGUCUAUCGACUUCAUGCACCAACAACUACACCCAUUGUAACUUUAAACCAGCCAAUUAUAAUCUCUACGGAUGGAACUGUAGCUCUGAUGUCAUCUAGUAAUUCCAAUGGUACAAUGCCCACAACCCGUAAGAGAGCUAAAAGAACAAAACCAAAUGAUAUACAGGUCGUUUGGAGUUCAAUUUGGAGCCAAAAGAAUAAUUUUUUGUACGUAGGAAUAAUAACUUGUCGGGACGAUGAAUACUAUCUUAAUGUCAAAGAAUUACAAGAUCAAAAUCAGUCAUUUGUCGAUGUUCUGAUGGCUAAAUUAUCAAUCGACAAGCAGACCGAUCUUCUAGCGAUGGAUUACAAUUUUUCUCGAAAUAUCUUAGUCUCCCAAUGGUCGGAUAAAUCAUUACGCCAAAGUCCGAAUAUUACUAAUCUAUUACAAAGUAAAACUUCAUUAUCAGAGGAAGAUAGCCGUAUCAAUUUACAAGUAGUACAAUAUAAUUCCUUAUCCGAUGUUAAGAAAAGCCAAUCUAAGGUAUCAUUAGCUUUACUUAACUCGCAAUAUGUUGUCAGUGCCGAGAAGAGCGUUGAUGGUGAUAACACAGAAGCAAUACUGUCGUUAUGGGAUUUAACAUUUGGAACUUUGCAAUGCCGUCAUAACUUAUUGGAAAGUCUAAAGCUUGACGAAGAUAUUGCUCAAUCUUCAGAUAACACUUUACAAAUUGUGAACAUCUCUCCAUAUUUAUUUAUCGCUAUUGAUACCGCUGUGAUUGUGUGUUAUUACGAAUGUCAACCAGCUUCAUUGUUGUCUGUUUUGGGUAUGAAAAUGCCUUCAACCAGUGAUAGCAACUCUGUAUGUACAAAUACCAUUAAUAUAUCGGAUUGGAAGGGUCACGAGAAGGAUCAAAACUUACUACAAGCAUGGAAUAAGGCAGCUUCUUAUUUAUCAAAUGAAAGUAACUAUACGGCCGUGAAAAAAUUCGAAAAAGCUGUUGAUGAAGUCUUAUCUGCUUUGAGUCCUGUAAAGGGCUAUGCCAAAGCUAUGUACUGCAACGCUUUAUCUCAAUUACUGCAUCAGUGCAUCGUUAUGGAAAAGAUUUGGCCAAGAAAUGCUUUUAUAAAACUUAUUCGCGCGAAUGGGAUAUCAUUUAGUGCUUGCCCAUCACUCUUUCCGACUAUAUUCGAAAAAGAUGAUAUGGUUCUGUUUUUACUUGCUGUUAAAAAAAUUCGCAACUUAUCAGAAGCUGUUAUCGUGAGAGGGAUGAAAUAUAUUCUGUUGGCAAGCGAAUCAGUUAUUACAGAAGCAGAUAAAGAAUUAAAGAAAAACGAUGAUUCUGAAUUGAAUGAAACAUUAAUUGAAUUCAACGAUAUUCAAAUCACAAAGCGAAAGGCUGAAUACUUGUAUCCUGCUCUUGUACGAUAUUUAAUAUACUUAUUGAAGCUGUGUAUAGAUGACAAAAACCACCGAAUGAAAGCUAUCAAACAAACCUUGGUUCUAGACUGGAUAAAUGCACUGUUGGAUUCGCAUUACAUUCAGUUUACUUUAUCAAAGGAUGCACAUCAAGUUAUUAAGGAAUUAUUUCAGCUUGUUCAAACGCAAAUUCAUAUUUACGAUAAAAUUCAUCGCCUACGUGGGUUCUUAGAGUAUUUUAGAGGUUCUUUUAGUUUAUCCAAGCCAAAACAAAUCCAAAAUUAUUCUAUUGAAGUAAUAUCAUUAUAA